AUGGAAGCUUUCCCUAGGUUGUUCCGCACCCUCUCCCCUCCUUCUCUCCUCCCUUUCUCCGUGUUGUGUCUCCUAUGUCUCAUCUCGGCGCUACAAAACAGGGCCGGGAGCAACGGUGGCCUCCCGCACCUGUCCUCGGCCUCAGCCCACAUUCACGUGGCCCCCGAGUACUUUCAAAGGUGCGACGCUCUCCCACCGUCGACCCCCUUUAUGACAGGGGGGGCUUGGCUCCUUAGGGAGAUCUCGGCCUCAGGAUCCCCACAGAUUUGCUCAGGGUCCCUAGGUGUCCUCUUCGGGUGCAAACUCCAAGUAGAGCCAGACAUUCCAGCUACUUUCCCCAGACAACUCGAGGCCUUGGAGGAGGGGAUAUCCCAUACCACUGGCAAUGCGGGAAUGCCGCAUGCAGGAGACGAAGCGACAGGUAAUAUGCCGCGACCUGAAGCAGAAAUACAAACGGAGGAAGGGGCUCAUUUUGGCUCGCAUAAAGUGAAGGAUGCAGAGCCCCUCGUACCCGCCUCGAAGAAUCCCGACCACGCCGGUCACUCACGGCGCCAUCAUGACGGGAACGAUGGAAUUUUUUCGUUUAACUCCUUCGUGAGUUCGGUGGUAUCGUCUGUCUCUUUAGUUGCAGCAACGGAGUUGGGGGACAGGACCUUCUUUCUGGCAGCUCUGUUGGCGGUGAAAUACCGACGUAUUUUAGUCUUCAUCUCAACUUGUGCUGCACUAUUCGUCUCCUCAGUAGCUUCAGCAGCUGCCGGGUACUUACUACAAAACGCUGCAGCCUAUAGCUGGAUACCGGGGCCAGUCAGGGCCCUGCUCCGGGGAGGGCUUGUCAUCCAGAUAAUUUCAGCCCUUGCGUUGCUCCUUUUCGGAAUUUGGCACCUGUAUAAAGCGAAGGCGUCCUUCCCAGCUGCCGGUAGAGGUCCCCACCGUAGGGCGUCGCGACGCUUCUCUGUGCAGCUCUCAGCCCACUCGGAGUGUAUGGGGGACCUGCGAGAGAACCUUCCUGAUGGGGCUUCCCCUGUUGAGGCCAAGAAGAAUCAGGGGACGUCGGUAGAUGAGGAAGAACAGGGUGUUCUCAGGGAAGGCUCCGCAGAUGAGUCCGUAUCAACUCGCCCCUCUCCAACGGAGUGGCCGCUUCAGGACGAGGAGCUUCAGUGCAACCUCGAGGAGGCGCAGGAGGAUCUUGAAAGGUUGCAGUAUAGCCGUUUGGGUUUGGCUCCGGAAUCGUGGCAAGUAUUGCGGGAAGUGUUUCUGUUAAUUCUUCUGGCCGAGUGGGGUGACAAGUCCAUGUUCACCACCGUUUCUUUAGCCGCGGCUCAGAACCCGUGGGGUGUUUUUUUGGGGAGUUGCAUCGGUCAUGCCCUAGUUACGGCGGCAGGUGUAAUGGGAGGCCUUUUGCUUCAGCGGUGGCUCAACGAAUUUUCUCUCAAUCUUGCAGCCGGUAUCAUAAUGAUCGCCGUAGGGCUAGGUGCGGGCCUCGAAGCCAUCUUCUAA